AUGUAAUGUAUUUUAAAAGUAAAAUUAAUUUUAUGGAAAAAAUCUUAAACGGACCAAGGGAUAUAACAUACUGAGCAAUUGUCAUAUUAACCCUUUACUAUGAAAUGGCGAUUUUUCUCUUUGGAAGUUUCUAGGGGGCGCUAAGUGAACGAAAGUACUGAUACGGAGCGAGAGGAUAAAGGAUAUAUUUUUUUCAGGUUUUAGUUCCUGGGCACCCUUUCCGAACGGCGGCUGAGUGUAGCCUAAGGAUAAAUUGUGGGGGUAGGGGCUGGUGCAACCCCUCUUGCUGGUUUCUUUGUAAUAUCUUUCCCCCUCUCCUGCUCCGUAGAUCCUCAUACCUACAAGGCAAGUCCAAAACUGCUCAGCUUGGCAUUCAUUCCGGGAUCCUGCAUCUCUCUCCAUGCCCCAAACCCCAUCUCCUUGAGUUCCAUCGAAGGUCCCAACUUCCGUGGCUAGACUGGUGCUCCCCAAAGUCAGGGCUCAUGUCUUAGGUAUCUUUGUAUUCCCAAUACCAAAGGCACAGGUCCUAGUACACCGUGGUGAGUCAAAAAGGGUUUGAUGAACCUGCUAAAAUCUCUAGCCUUUAGGCUUUUAUAAAUAACUUCCCACAGGCUGAGUAUUCAUCACCGCAGAGACGCUACCUCCGUCUCUGCUUCCAUGAAAUCUCCCACGUAACUCUCGGUGCUUCCCCUUAUUGUUUUUCUUCCUUACAUUUGUGCCCAGGACUAGCUCAGGGUGGGAUCCAAAGCUUUCUCGGCGACCUGCGAAAGCCAGAAAGGACUGUCAUCCCUUGGCCGCUCAGAACCUGCAAAGAGAAAGCAAGCCGAACACCUCUAGAACCUCCAGAAAUGCGCACGCUGGCCUCCAGAAUACAGUUUUUCCUGGGAGGACCCGGACAUUGGUUCGCCCGGGCGUCUCUAUGGUUUCGACAGCCUAGAAGUACCAAGGCAGCAUUUCCGGGAAGAUGGCGGCACAGAAAUUAGCUCUGGCACAUGUUUCCACGGUGGGGACAGCGCAGUGACGGGGUCAUAGUGACUUCUUCCCUGGCGAGGACCUAAGGACACAGACUUUUUUCUCACCAUGAGUGUCACCCCAGAGGUCAAGAGUCGUGGGAUGAAGUUUGCCGAGGAGCAGCUGCUAAAACAUGGAUGGACUCAAGGCAAAGGCCUGGGCCGGAAGGAGAAUGGCAUCACCCAGGCCAUCAGGGUGACACUGAAGCAGGAUACUCAUGGGGUGGGACAUGAUCCUGCCAAGGAGUUCACAAACCACUGGUGGAAUGAGCUCUUCAACAAGACUGCAGCCAGCUUGGUCGUGGAAACUGGGCAGGAUGGAGUUCAGAUAAGGCGCCUUUCUAAGGAGACUACCCGACAUGAUCGUCCCAAGCCCAACUUGCUGUAUCAGAAGUUUGUGAAGACGGCCACGCUGACUUCAGGCGGGGAGAAACCAGACAAGGACUUGGAGAACUGCAGUGAUGACGACAACCAGGGGCCCAAGACCCCAAAGAUUCUGACCGAUGAGAUGCUGCUCCAGGCCUGUGAGGGGCGAACAGCACACAAGGCUGCCCGUCUUGGGAUCACGAUGAAGGCCAAACUUGCUCGGCUGGAGGCCCAGGAACAGGCCUUCCUGGCUCAUCUCAAAGGCCAGGACCCUGGGGCGCCUCAACCACAGUCUGACAGCAAGCCUCCUCCAAAAAAGAAGAAAAAGAAACAGAAAGAGGAAGCAGCAGCUCCAGUAGCUGAAAGGAAUGGGGAAGAGGAACACCGAGAACAGACUGACCACAGUAACAGGAAAAGCAAGAAAAAGAAAAGGCGACACCAAGAAGAAAAGGUCCCAGAGGAGAGAGAGGGAACCAUAGAAAAUGAGGAGGAAGAGGCUGCAGGAACAGGCGGGCUUGGGGAAUUGAAGAGCAGAGAACAAACUGAUCAGCCCCUCAGGAAAAGGAAGAAGAAGAGGUGGCAGCAGGAAGAAGGGGGGAUCCUGGCUAAAGGAGAAGGAGGUAAGGAGGCUGCAGGGGGUGUCAGGACAGAGGAGGUGGAGAACAGAGCAUACACUGACCCGUGCAGCCAAAGCAAGAAGAGGCGGCAGCGUGAGGAGGAGGACAGCUUGAAGAUAGAGGAUGAGGAAGGUGAGGCAGCUUCUGGUGAUGGUAGGACCGGGGAAGCAGCAAGCAAAGCAUGCAAUGACCUAGGUAUCAGGAGAAGCAAGAAGAAAAGGAAGCGGCAUCGAGAGGAGGAGGCAGUGUUGGACAGAAAGGGUGAAGAAGAUGAGACUGGAGGGGGUGGCGGGACUAGGGAAGCAGAGAGCAGGACACGCACUGGUCCAGGCAGCAGAGAUAAGAAGAGGAAGCAGCAGCAUCCAGAGGAGGGAAGAGCUGUAGUCAGCACUGGCCAGAGAGCCAAAAAGAAGAAAGAGAAGAAGAGAGACUGAAGGCGGGGCUCAGUCGAUUCCUUUUCAGGAGUCAGAGCCUCAGAGACCUGGGUCCAUUCAGGUCUUCUGCCCUCUUUUAAUGAGGAGUCCCUCCUAUGGAGGGAACUGAGCUCUGGAACACCAACCUGCUGAGAAGAGUGGCAGAGCCACGCCUGAGUUAAGGGAGCAGCUGAGUUGAGGGGAGCAGCUUCUAACCCAGAGAUCAGGAGCUCAAGUGUCUACAGGAGCCAGGAAGCUAGGGACAAGGACUGCACUCCUAGAGCGGAGGAAUGCAGACACCCUUUGAAGGGGCAUCCCUGCCUCAGUUCCAGCUGAAUACCGACAUGGAGGCCCAGUGUUGUCAGAUACCCCUCCCCCAUUUUAAAAGAGAGAUUGAAAAUAUGGACUUAUUUGAAAUGUUCUGAUUUUUAAAUAACAUACACAGAUCUGAAUUCAGCCCAUGGAUU